AUGGCCGUGACUGGCAAUACCCUCUCGCAGAAGAAAGUCGACGGUGUCGAGCACGAUGAUCCAGUUCGUGUAGACACUGAGGUGGGAUUUACUAGUCCCGGACUUCCCAACGAUGUUUUCGGACAAGAAGAUAACCAUGAUAUCAAAUACAAGACGUUGAGUUGGCCGCUCACUGCCGUUCUAAUGAUCACUGAAAUCAUCUCGAACGGCAUGUUGAGCUUGCCCAGCUCAUUAGAUGCUGUUGGUAUCGUCCCUGGCGUUAUCGUCAUUGCAUUUUUAGGCGUCUUCGCUACGUUCACGGCCUGGUUGCUCAUAGAAUUCAAGUUGCGACAUCCUGAAGUUCAUAACAUGGGCGAUGCCGGGAACAUCUUAUUCGGGCCUGUUGGUAGGGAGAUAUUAAGUGCGGGGACCGUCAUCUUCGCCGUCUGUUCCGCGGGAUCUCAAAUCCUCGCCGGUCAGCUCGCCCUGACCGUUCUAUCUAACUCGAGGUUAUGCGCAACGGCAUUCUCUGGUAUAUUCACCAUCGCGGUAGCUAUUUGCAGCUUCCCCCGGACUCUUCAUAAUCUAAGCUUGGUCUGGAUAGUCGGUGGGAUAUCCAUAAUAUCUGCAGGAAUUGUAGCGAUGGUAGGUGCUGGCGCUGUUCCUGUUGAUAGAGGGAAUAUAGUGAUCACAAGAUCCAGCGACUUUACGUCGACUUUUAUUAGUCUGACGAAUCCUGUCUUCGCCUAUGCCGGUCAUUUUGUGUUCUUCAUUUUCAUCUCAGAAAUGAAACAUCCACAAGAUGCAAUGAAGGCAGCAUGGACACUGCAGAUUGUAGCGACUUCAUUUUACAUCGCGUUCGCUGUUGUUACUUAUUGGUAUAUAGGUCAAGGAGUCUCCAGUCCGAGCCUCCUUAGUUUAAGCCCGCUGUGGUCUAAGAUCUCCUUCGGGCUUGCAAUUCCCAACUUCUUCAUCGCAGGUAGUCUAAAUCUUCAUACAGCUGCCAAAUUGGUAUUCGUUCGUCUCUUCAGAAGGAGUCGCCAUAUACAUUCACAUACUUUUACUGGCUGGAGUGUUUGGACGUUACUCAUACUUCUGGUCAAUACUGCUGCAUUCCUCUUUGCAGUUGGAAUCCCUAUAUUCAACUACUUGGUUGGUAUUGCGGCAUCUAUGUUUGCUGCUUGGUACACUUACGGGCUCGCUGGAGCGUUCUGGUUACACGACACAUACCACUAUCGGGGAGGAUAUAAUGGAUGGUUCAAGAGACCUAUGAUGUUUACUCUCAAUGUACUUACCGUCCUUGCGGGUGGGUUCAUUUGCGUCGGUGGACUGUACGGAACCAUUUACUCACUGCGGGUGGUUGCAGAAGCCGGCGAGUUGCCACCACCGUUCCAGUGUUGA